AUGUUUAAUUAUCCUCGAAUUUCAGUGGAGCAACUGCCACUGAACAAUUUGCCUAGUUUAUUACCAACUGCAGGAGUCCCACAACAUGUAGAUACCGAUACUAGAAAUUCAAUGUCACAACAUCGAUUGACAGAAGGAACCAAUAAUUCUCUCGAUCCAAUUUAUGAAAAUAUUGAAAUCGAAAACUUCGAGCCCAACAAAUUAAGAUUAAUUAUCCCAACGGCUUCUAAUUUAAAGAUAAAGACAGAGAACGUUUUCUUAAAAUUUAUCUUCGCUGGAUAUGAUGAUUCCAAUGAUUUAUUCUGUCAAUUCUUCAAUCCAAAUACGAAUUUGAUUUGUAAUAAAAGAAUGCACUUUGAAAAUCAUAAGAUUAAAAUAAGUACGAUGGCUCGAAAAUGUAAAGAUCAUCUAGUUAAAUCUCAUAAUUUCAAUAUUAAUGAUCAUAAUUAUUUCAAAUUUUUAAACCUAUACUAUCCAGUUUUCAAAAAUUCGUAUACUGAAGACACUUUAAAUAAGGUUUUACCGAUGUUAGAAGAAUUUGAAGUCGUAUGUGACUCAAUCAAAAUUGAGAAUUCAGAUUCAUACAAAGAGUUAGCUAGUAUCAUUGGAGAUAGGAUCAGACAUACAAGAAACAAGUUAUCAGAUAAUGAGGAAUUUAAAAAAUGGUUUACAAAUUGGGUAAUUGAUCCAAUAACCCUUAGAAAUGAUAGUGAUGAUAGUAAGUCUUCCAUUAAGGAUGCUUAUGAUUUGUUUGCGACUGUCAGGGACAAAAUUCAAAUUAGUCAUUUUUCUUUAGCAACAGAAGAGAGUGGUGACAACGGAGAGCAAACUGAAGAAGAAAUAAAUAACGAAAAGUCAAUGGAAAAAUUGGACCCCGCUUUGCAAGAUGAACUAUGGUCGUUAUUACAGCAGCAACAGUAUCAGAGCCAAAUGGUGGCCCAGUUAUUAGGAAAGCUACUUGCGGAAGCGCACAGCCCGUCACAUGCUACUACCAUUGGUAAUUCCAUGAUUCUACAACUAUUGAAAAAAGUAUCCAGGCAGUUAAAUCAGGAGGUAAAGUUAAGACAAGAACAGCAACUACUGCAGAAUGAUAUAUUGGAAUACUUAAAGAGAAUUCCUAAAAGACACCUUAAAAGAUCAAAGUUUCAAGCGAAGAAACGAAAGAUCAAGAACUAA